AUCUUUUUAAGUUUCGACAGUCGCGCGUCGCGCUACAGGAAUCACAGCGUCACAGCGUCACCGUGGCGUGGAGUUGACCAGAUGGUUUUGUGGUGCUUGAUCCCGCCGAAUGUAAGUCUCACUUCUCCCUCGUCCACACAUCGAUAGCGAGGAUGUUUGGUCUUUCAGCGAUCGUGCUGCUGCUUGCCAGCAUUGCCUUGUCCGUCGCUACGCCUCUGCACAGCCGCGAUGCGGGAGGAGACAUCUUGACCAACGACCUUUUGAGGCUGGACGCUGCGAUCAGAACCAUUACCUAUGCUGCUGGAAACUACACUGGAGGAGUGGCGCAGUAUCAGCCCAUCCGCGAAUCUUUCUCCGAAGUCAACCGUACGAACCGCAUUGCAUAUUUCCGUGCCAUGCAAAUCAAGCCACAGAACAUUGCAGAUAGCAACCGCAUCGUUGCCGUCGUCGCGAAUCCAAUUGCACCAGAUAUCACGCAGGCUGUGGAUGCUCUGAUCGCGAAGAAGGCUUUGAUCGAGGAAGCUGGCCUCUCAAAGGAAACUGCGGCAGGCCUGAACUUGAUCUCGUACGACCACGAUACUCUGAGUCUGGCAGUGGGAGCCAAGCUGAGCCCAGUCACGGUGCCCGCAGCUGCAGUGCCCGUGCUACAAAUCGACCUGGACUGGAGGCGAGGAGUGGUGGCGUUUGGUGGUCUGCCGUUAGCACCACUGACGAUGUAGAAGUAGUUGGACGAGACUGGACAGACACGCGGACAGAGGCUCUUCAGUCGCCGAGUAUUGAAAAUGGAGCAGGUGCUCUGGUCGUAGACUCCGUAGAGUGGCAAGCGACAUGAAUAUUGCGUGAAGAACGCGACCUUUGGCGCAGAGAAACACCAACCACGCCGAUCCUGCCCUAGCGUUUCCUUGGCGCGUCAAACAACACACUUCGUUUCUCUUGUGCUCUCCCCCUCAAACAAUCGUAUUCUCUGAUCCAAGACCCCCAUCAGCUGGCAAAGUGUGCAUUUCGUGCAUACAGCAUGCAAUCACGAGGCAGAAUCUCGAAGUGUCGUCAGCACUGACCCGUCGACCGUUUUCCCCCAGUGGCACCGUGGAGCGACCACGGGGACCACAGACAAGCCCACAGAUCUGACUUCAUCCUCGAGAUCCACUUCUUCGCGAAGGAAAAUCUUCUGGCCCAUCAUCGCAUCG